UCGCUCUCAGGAGGGAGGCCACACUCUUCCCCGGUGGGAUGAGAGGUCCCUAAAACAUCUGGACUUCACAAUGAGAAUGAUUGAGAGCGUUGACUCCGUGGUCACCAGGUCCAGCGAAGACCUCUGGGCUGAAAUCUGUUCGUGUCUGCCACAUCCCGACCAGAAGGACGCUAGCGAUGCUUUUACAGACUCCUUCAUGGAUUCGUAUGCCGAUGGAGGAAGCCAGGGCAGUGGAUCAGAUGGCUGUUCCCAAACAAAUCUGAAGCCCUGGGCACCCCUGAAUGAUUCGGAGGUGUAUUUGGCAUCCCUAGAGAGAAGACUGAUGAGAAUUAAAGGCUUGUCUCAAGAGGUGACCUCCAAGGAUAUGCUGCGCACUCUCUCCCAGGCUAAGAAGGAAUGCUGGGACAGGUUCCUGCAGGAGAAGUUUGAGUCUGAAUUUUAUGUAGAAGGACAUGACUCUGAUGAGAGCACGCUAGAACAUCUAAAGCGAUGGCUGCAACCUGAUAAAGUGGCAAUCAAUACUGAGGAGGUACAGUACCUCAUCCCUCCAGAAUCUCAGCCAGAGAAGCAGGAGACUGAGGAAGAACCUCCAGCUGCAGAGCAGUGAGAUACGCACCAGCCAUGCCACAGAGCUGUCUCUUGUCCGAACCCUGAUGAAGUUGUAUCCAGUGGCAGUAAUAAUCGGGGGGCAAAAGUGCCAAUUAUCAGUCACUUAAAAAACAAAAAAAAACAACCAACACACAAAAAACCCCAGCUCUGGACCUCCAGAGAUAGUGACUGGCAUUUGUUAUGGACAAGAGUGGAACGCCUGUGACACAGCGUAUGCUGAACUGAAAUCUUACUUUGAUCUUCUCCCAGCCUGUAGCAGCCUAAUCAUUCCAGUCUGAAUGUGAAUUGUUUGUAAUUCAUCAGAAGACGCAUUAAACAAAAAAAAAGUUGUUCAGAAGCAUCAGAAAACAUAAUGGUCUAGAAUAGAACACAUAAAACCACUGAAGCAGUUUUUCUUCCUGUCUUGUACCUUUUUUACUACUCAAUUGGGCAUUUUUUUUUCUUUCCUGCAAAGUCUGCUGUGGUGUUUUCUAUAGAUCUUCACUAUUUAAGUCCGACUUGGCCCUGAGCUGUGCCUGGAGGAAGACGUAUUUUUUUUUCACCUACAUGAAUUUGGAACCCUAAAGGAAGCUAUCAUUGCAAUCAUUAAAUUGAUGGUAUCAUUGACAUUG